AUGCUCUUUUUUGCAUUACCCUCUGCUGCAAAAGCAAGUAUCAAAAAUAUUGAGACUUAUAGUCUCCAAUCAAAUGGGUUCCGUCUUACAAUCUCUGUAUCAAAGUAUCUCUUUGAAGAUACUAUUAUUACAAUGGAUUUACAAGAUGUUGAAGUCCCAAGGACUGUAGAAGGAUUUUCAAAUCUAAUAGUGGCUGUAAAGGUGAUUUUAUCUUGGAAGGCGCGUACUAGAAAUAAUACAAUAACAUUCUAUAAUGCAUUAAAGAAGGGCAAUAAACGUUUAUCAAAUGGGGCUCGUUUUUCACCAAAAAGAGUACCUCUACAUCCUCUACAUAAUAUGUGA